AUAAAAACAUUGUACAUGUGUGUGCGCGUGUGCGUGUGUGUGUGUGCGCGCUGUCUCGAUUCUCGAGAGGUUCUCGCGAAACACUGCCGAUUACGGACGAGCGACCACGACACUCAUCUCUCAAUAUAAUUGCCCUUAAGACUACUCUCUACGAAGAAAGUCGUCCGCACGUUCGAGCUUGCUGUAGCAUAUCAGGUCCGGCGAUCUUUUUCUACGACGACAAUGUGACACGACCGGAGAGUAGACGGUAGCCUUAAGAACCUACACGCGAAUUGUAAAAGGUAUGGACGAGAAGCGACGAUGCAUCCACUGCCUUAUUUAUUUUACCAUAUAAGUAAUACAUUUGAUUGUCAUACAGUAUAGUGAAAUAAAGUUUCGUAAUGUAACCGGCCUCGCGCGAGGAUUUUUGCGCAUCAUCGUCCGGUCCUCAUCUUCCCGUAUCAUCCCGCGAAGAAGAACAGAUAUUAUUAUAUUUGUACUUCCGCACGCGCGAAAACAUACGAACGCUACUGUAUCGAUACGACAAUUCCAACCGAUACGACUUUCCGUCUGUCAGAGCUGGCGAAACGUCAGGAAUAAUGAAAUUGAGCAGUGCACUGUCGUAACACCAAGCGAUCCGUUAAAAAAUUCCAGUGACAAAAUCGAUCGUAAAGAUAUACGCGAAUGAUUCUGCACCGAUAAUUCGACCAGAUCGAUGAUCGUGACAAUGACAUGUACGCAUUGACCGUUCGCGUUAAAAAUACUUUCCAUUGACAAAAUUGUUUUUUCUCGGGGGGAGGGCAAAAAAGAGGAAAAUGUCCAGCACGAAAGAUUUCUCAUGUAUCGGCGGGCUGGAGAAGCACAUCAGGAUCGUGAAGGAGAUGGUUCUCUUCCCGCUGAUGUACGGAGAGGUGUACGCUAAAUUUAAUCUCAGACCGCCACGUGGUUUGUUAUUCUACGGCCCGCCAGGAACCGGAAAGACUCUCAUAGCCAGCGUGCUGGCGACCGAGUGCAGCAAUUCGGAGCGCAAGGUUUCCUUCAUUUCACGUAAAGGUUCUGAUUGCCUCAGCAAAUGGGUCGGAGAGAGCGAAAAGAAACUUGAGAAGAUUUUUUCUUUAGCGCAACAAUCGAAACCGUGUAUUAUUUUCUUUGACGAGGUCGACGGUCUCGCUCCUGUACGGUCUAGUCGUCAGGAUUUCGUCCACGCCAGUGUGGUCUCUACUUUAUUGGCUCUGAUGGACGGUUUGGACAAUAAUUCCGAGAUCAUAGUGAUAGGCGCGACCAAUAGAAUCGAUGCGAUAGAUCCUGCUCUGAGAAGGCCUGGUAGAUUCGAUAAAGAGUUGUACUUUCCUUUGCCUUGUUACAGCGCCAGAAAAGAAAUACUCUCGGUGCACAUCAAAAGUUGGAAGCAAAAGCCGACGCAGAAAUUCUUAGCGUAUUUAGCAUCGAAAACGUUAGGAUUUUGCGGUAGCGAUCUGCAAGCCCUCUGUGCCGAAGCAGUUAUGUGUUCUAUUCGCAGGAACUAUCCGCAAAUCUACAUUUCCAAGUCCAAAUACCACAUCAACGAACGCCAUCUCAAAGUUGAGAAAGAAGAUUUUCUAAAAGCGCGUCAGAACAUCGUCCCAGCGUCGCAUCGCGUCGUCGUCGCGCCGAUCAAGAGCUUGUCAGCCAGGAUACAGCCGUUGUUACAAGAGGAUCUGACGAGCAUCUUGUCGCGGUUGCAAGUACUUUGCCCGGUCGGCAUGCUGAUCUCGGAUAACAUUACAGGUAAAGCCAUGUCGAAGUCAAACGGUUGCCCGCGAAUUCUGCUGUGCGGCAACGAUGAUUCGCACACACGUCAUUUGGGGCCCGCGUUGCUGCACACCCUGGAACACCUGCCGUGUCACAUCCUGGACGUCACGACUCUGUUCGAGGAAACCGGGAAGGCGGCCGAGGAGGCGAUGAUACAAAAGAUCAAGACCGCACGUCGCACCCUACCGGCAUUGCUGUACGUCCCCGGUGUCUUGACCUGGUGGGAUUUGGUGGACGAGAUCGCGAGAGUGGUUUUUACCUCUUUAAUGCGAGGUCUCGACCGAUCCGUGCACAUGCUGGUGCUAAUGACCGCUCACUGUCGACACACCGAAUUGCCAACAGAGAUCAAAGGAAUAUACGACGAUAAUCGAGGCGAGGUGUACGAAGUGGGAUUGCCUUCGUCGCAGAAGCGGCGAUCUUUCUUCAAGCAAUUGUUCCUUAACGGAGGGUCCGACGAUCUCUCUGACUGCUCAUCGCAAGGAAUGUUCUAUUGA